GCCCCGCUGUCAGGCGAAGCCGAAAUGGCGGCGCGGGGCGGCGGGGCCGGUACCACAGCGGGCACCGCAGCCGCGGGCGGCCCCGCCACCAGCUUCCAGCGCAAGGCGGCGGGCGGCAGCCGCCUGUCCGCCCUGCCGGGCACCCGGCCCUCCGCUCGGCACGGGCAGCUGCUGCUCUCCAGCGGGCUGCCCUCCCUGGACGCUGUGCUAGGUGGAGGCUUAGCUGUUGGAACCCUUCUUCUUAUUGAGGAAGAUAAAUAUGGUGUUUACUCCAAUUUGUUGUUCAAGUAUUUCCUUGCGGAGGGAGUUGUCUGUGGACACGACUUGUUUGUUGCUUCUGCUAUGGAGCCUCCUGACAACAUCUUAAAGAAACUUCCGGCCCCUUUGCUUGAUGAUACCCACAGAAAUGAAUUGAGAGAAGAAGCAACACCUGCUAAGUCUGAAGAUUUUCAAGAUUCUAUGAAAAUAGCCUGGCGCUAUGAGAAUUUACCAAAAAUGGAGGCCAGCCCAACAACAUCUACCAAGUUUGGACAUUACUAUGAUAUUUCUAAAACAAUGUCUCCAGAACUGCUUCAGUCUAUAAAAUGGCACAGUUUUUACCUUCCUGAAGAAUUAUCUUUAGAGCCUAAACUGAAAACGUGGAAUAUGAACUGUGGCUAUGCAAGUCUGCUUCACUCCAUUCAAAGGGUCAUUUGCCAGGAAGGAUUUGAUGGCUCUCAUCCCCAGAAAAAACAAAAGAAUAUUUUGCGUAUAGGAAUUCAGAGCAUGGGUUCCUUGUUGUGGGGUGACGACAUUUGUAGUAGCGACACUCCUGAAGAUAUUCAUAGUCUGACCAAAUUUCUGUAUGUUCUCCGUGGCCUCCUCAGAAAGUCUUUGUCAGCCUGCAUCAUCACAGUGCCCUCUCACCUUAUCCAGAAUAAAGCAAUUAUGGAACGUGUAACAAACUUGUCAGAUAUGGUAGUUGGUCUUGAAUCAUUUAUUGGCUCUGAGAGAGAAACCAAUCCAUUAUACAAGGAUUACCACGGUUUGCUUCAUGUACAUCAGAUUCCUCGGCUUAAUAGCUUGAUCUGUGAUGUGUCAGACACGAAGGACCUUGCUUUUAGAUUAAAAAGGAAGCAGUUCACCAUUGAGCGCCUGCACUUGCCUCCAGACUUGUCAGACACAGUGAGCCGCUCAAGCAAACAGGAUCUGGCAGAAUCCGCCAAACUGCUGAGCUCAGGAUGUGGUGCUAUGGCCAUCGGCAAGAAGCACCUGGACUUCUAGUGAUUUCUACUUAGCAGUUUCACUCAGAUUUAUAUGACACUCUAAUUAUGAGUGAUAAUGACUUAUAUAAAUAUUUUUCUUAAUGAUUUGCCCCAGCAGUCUUUAAAAAUACACAUUAUCAUAUGAUGCCUUAUUUUCCUCGUUCUGGUUUCAUUGUAUUAAUUUGGGGCUUGGUCGGUUUUUGCUUUUUGUUAAAUCUUCUGUUAUGUUGGGUCUUGACAUUGUUCAGCCCUCUUGGAAAUGUAGUGUUUCUUCCUUUCCUUCAGAUAUGAAAAUUACUUGUAAUCCUUCAAUUCUGUGUUUUUUUACAAUAAAGAUAAAGGGAUUUUUUUCCCAAUGGAUUUUUUUGUAUGCAUGCAUUUAAUAUUUUGUAUGAAUAAAUUGGGCUGUUUAUUGAAAUGAAUUAAUGAAAGUUAUUCAUUGUCACAUGUUAUUCCAAGAACAAACUGCACAUUUAUUUUUCUUAAAAACAUUUGUUUUUGUAAUUGAAAUACUGUAUUCAAUUUCAGAAAAUGCUUAAGGUGUUUUAUAAAAUACAUAAUAAUAAAUAUAAAAUACAUGAGGUAGUUUUUAUUCUGAUAUGCCAGUAGUUGAGAAUGUUGGUGGUUUUUUGUUGUUGUUUUUUUGUGUUUUUUUUUUUUUUUAUCAGAAUAUAUUAUAGGUGAUUAGUUUGCCUCAUGGGUUAAUACAUGUAUUAAAAUGCACUUGAAUGAAAUUUACUAAACGUAGAAAAAAGAAUUGAUUUCCUUAUGUAGUUCAAAACAGUAAUCCUAAACAAUUGAAGUCAGCACUAUGAAAUUAUGUCAACAGACAUAAUUCAAGAUUGAAAUUCAAACUGACAGCUACAUUAAUGCUAGAAUACCAGAAGAGUGCAUUUCAGCUUGGGGAAGAGUAUCACAGCAUGCUGGUCUAAAACAGGGCAGAACAUAGAAGUAAUUCAGGCUUCUGUACCGUCAAAUCUAUCUAUAUACUGCUUGUGAACUUACCACUAUUUUGUAUUCAUCUCUGUGUAAGUAGCAUCAAACAAAAGAAAGGUAAAGCAAUGCUGACCUGUAAAUUAAAGUGGUUUUCAUUC